AUGCCGCACAUCCUGAAAAACCCGGACGGAACUGUCAACUUGGACGCCGUCAAGAAGGAGACCGACUUUCUCAAGGGAAAGUACGCUCAGAACGCAGAGAACGCCAAAAGGAACGCUGCCCGCGAGCAAGAGCUCAAACAGGCUUCUUCAGACACCCAUGCUCCUCAAGCACCCCAGGUCAGUCACGGCGACAUUGUGCCCCCCAAGGCUGGAUCCUCGCAGUAG